AUGUCCUAUGAUCGUUAUAUAGCUAUAUGCAAACCACUCCAUUAUGUUAUCAUGAUGAAUGAUAGGAUGUGUUUCAGACUGAUAGCCUUCUCUUGGAUGAGUGGCUUUCUGGCAACUUCAGUAACACAGUUUAUCAUGUCCCAAUCAGUUUUUUGUGAUAAUAAAAUAGAUCAUUUCUUUCCAAUCGUAGACACCUUUCCAAUCGUAGACCUGUUUUGUGGUGAUACUCAUGCCUUCAAAAUGUUUCUUUAUGUGUUAUGCUCAAUAUUUACUUUUCCACCAUCUGUAUUAACCCUAACUUCUUAUACUUUUAUUGUUGUAGCCGUAAUGAGAAUGCCUUCUACUCUAGGGAAACAGAAGGCAUUUUCUACUUGUUCUUCUCAUCUCUUGGUAGUGACUAUUUUUUAUGGCAUACUGAUGAGUAUUUAUGUAGUACCAAAUGGCAAUAAACUGAAUGGACUUCGCAAAGUCUUAUCUCUUUUUUAUACUAUCUUGACUCCAAUGCUCAAUCCUAUUAUCUAUACACUGAGAAAUAAAGAGGUGAAAAAUGCUUUGAGGAGGUUGUGUUAUAUUUUUGUUCACAUUUCAAGAAACUAUUUUUUUAAAAAAGCAUAA